AUGCCACUUCUCCCUGUCAGACAUGCAGGAACCGUGACUGCGGUGCAAGGGUCCAAACGGCAGGCGACCGGAACGCGAACAGCUGCCAAUUUCUCGAGAUCUCGACAAACAGAUCUGAUGUGGCCGCUCUCUAGUGCUUUCUUGAUGGGCACCGGCGUCGCGGGAGAGGCUGAUGUUGCACGGCCGAUUGAGCCAGGACGCACCUCGAAUAGUUGA